GCGAUUGCGCCGCGGCUGGCGGACGAGGGGCGGGCACCGCAAAGGAGUGCGCCGUGCGGCUGCGCGGAGGCCUGCGUGGCGCGGUGGCGGGGAAGGGCGGUGUGGAGUGAGUGGCGCUGCGGGUGGGGCCGUCGGCGGCGCUGGUGAGGGAACGCCGAGCGGUCGCCGCAGCCUCUGCCGCCGAGAAGCCCUUGUUCCCGCUGCCGGGAAGGAGCGUCUGGUGCCGACAAGAUGGCGGACGGGGAGCUGAACGUGGACAGUCUCAUCACCCGAUUGCUGGAGGUACGAGGAUGUCGUCCAGGAAAGAUUGUGCAGAUGACUGAAGCAGAGGUUCGGGGUUUAUGUAUCAAGUCUCGGGAGAUCUUUCUCAGCCAGCCUAUUCUUUUGGAAUUGGAAGCACCACUGAAGAUUUGUGGAGAUAUUCAUGGACAGUAUACAGAUUUACUGCGAUUAUUUGAAUAUGGAGGUUUCCCACCAGAGGCCAACUAUCUUUUCUUAGGAGAUUAUGUAGACAGAGGAAAGCAGUCUUUGGAAACCAUUUGUUUGCUGCUGGCUUAUAAAAUCAAAUAUCCAGAGAACUUCUUUCUCUUAAGAGGAAACCAUGAGUGUGCUAGCAUCAAUCGCAUUUAUGGAUUCUAUGAUGAAUGCAAACGAAGGUUUAAUAUUAAAUUGUGGAAGACCUUCACUGAUUGUUUCAACUGCUUGCCUAUAGCUGCCAUUGUGGAUGAGAAGAUCUUCUGUUGUCACGGAGGACUGUCACCAGACCUGCAGUCUAUGGAGCAGAUUCGGAGAAUCAUGAGACCCACUGAUGUCCCUGAUACAGGUUUGCUCUGUGAUUUGCUGUGGUCUGACCCAGAUAAGGAUGUGCAAGGUUGGGGAGAAAAUGACCGUGGUGUUUCCUUCACUUUUGGAGCUGAUGUAGUCAGUAAAUUUCUGAAUCGUCAUGAUUUAGACUUAAUUUGUCGAGCUCAUCAGGUGGUGGAAGAUGGAUAUGAAUUCUUUGCUAAACGACAAUUGGUAACCCUAUUUUCAGCCCCAAAUUACUGUGGCGAGUUUGAUAAUGCUGGUGGAAUGAUGAGUGUGGAUGAAACUUUGAUGUGUUCAUUUCAGAUAUUGAAACCAUCUGAAAAGAAAGCUAAGUACCAAUAUGGUGGACUGAAUUCAGGACGUCCUGUCACUCCACCUCGAACAGCUAAUCCACCGAAGAAAAGGUGAAGAAAGGAACUCUGUAAAGAAACCAUCAGAUUUGUUAAGGACAUACUUCAUGAUAUAUAAGUGUGCACUGUAAAACCAUCCAGCCAUUUGACACCCUUUAUGAUGUCACACCUUUAACUUAAGGAGACGGGUAAAGGAUCUUAAAUUUUUUUCUAAUAGAAAGAUGUGCUACACUGUAUUGUAAUAAGUAUACUCUGUUAAAAUAUUCAACAAAGUUAAAUCUAAAUUCAGACUUACCCAUUAAAGUUACAUCUUCACGCAUCAGUUUUUAAAGUUGAAAAGCAUCCCAGUUAAACUAGAUGUGAUAGUUAAACCAGAUGAAAGCAUGAUGAUCCAUCUGUGUAAUGUGGUUUUAGUGUUGCUUGGUUGUUUAAUUAUUUUGGGCUUGUUUUGUUUUGUUUGUUUUUGCUAGAAUAAUGGCAGAUUCUUUAAAUUUUUUUCCCAAACAUCCUUAGAGUGAAAUGUGGGAAGAAUUUUAAAGACGUUGAUUGGCUAUUAUUUUCCCUUGCUUAUUUACUUAUGUACCUGUUUGAUCUUACUGAGAAAACUUAAUGCCUCAUAACAGUAAAAAGGAAUUUUAGAGAUAUUUUUUAAAAAAUGCAAACUGUUCGACCGAGUGAUUUAAUCAGUUUGGGCAAAUGUUACAGCUGAUAAUGAAUAUUUUGCUUUAUACAGAAAUUGCCACUGAUUUGGAUUUGUGCACUCUAAUUUUAACUUAUUGAUGCUCUAUUGUGCAGUAGCAUUUCAUUUAACUUUAAGAUAAGGCUCAUUUAGUAUACCCAACUAGUUGGUAAUGUGAUUAUGUGGUACCUUGGCUUUAGGUUUUAAUUCGCACGGAACACCUUUUUGGCAUGCUUAACUUUCUGGUAACACCCUCACCUGCAUCGGUUUUGGUUUUUUUUGUUUGUUUGUUUUGUUUUGUUUGGGGGGGUUUUUUGUUUGUUUGUGUGCGUGUGUGUUGUUGUUUUUUGUUUUUAGAUCCACAAAACAUGAGAAUCCUUUUUUGACGAGCCUUGGAAAGCUGACACUAUCUCUUUUUUCCUCCCUCUGUACGAAGGAUGUAUUUAAAUGAAUGCUGGUCAGUGGGACGUUUGUCAACUCUGGGUAUUGGGUGCUUUUAACUGUCUAAUAUUGCCAUGUGAAUGUUGUAUACGAUUGUAAGGCUUAUGUCACUAAAGAUUUUUAUUCUGAUUUUUCAUGAUCAAAGUUCAUAUGAUAUUGUAUAGACAUGCUUUGUAGUGAACUAUAGUAGCAAUAAUUUCUGUACAUGAUCAAGGGUUUAUUGCAGCAUUUCUUGUUCUCUUUUGUUUUAAGGGUUAGUAUUAACAAAUGACAGGAAUAGAAAAAUCAGCAUAAAGAUUUUAGAAGGAGAACUUACAGGACACAGAUUUGUGAUUCUUUGGAUGCAACACUUUUGGAUGUGAUUCUAAAAGCUUUUAUUGAGCAUUGUCAAAUUUGUAUGCUUCACAGGGACAGACAUCAUAUUUAUAAUACCCUUCUAUAAGUGCUACCAUAGAUGUGAAAUUCUUGACCUUAAUAUUGUCUUUGAAAAUGUUAAAUUGAGAAUUCUGUUAACUUACAUUUUAAGAAUUGGCAUAUUGUAUUGCUGCAAGAGAUUUCAUUUUCAGCACAGUGCAAAGUUCUUUUAAAUGCAUAUGUCUUUUUUUUCUAAUUCCAUUUUGUUUUAAAGCACAUUUUAAAUGUAGUUUUCUCAUUUAGUAAAAGUUGUCUAAUUGA